ACUCGUGCUUUCCUUGAAUAUUGGUUUCGGAAAACCUAUUUUUAUUUUUAUUUAUUUUCAAUUUUGUACAGUAUCAUACAAAAAGAAUAAUAAAAGUUGCCCUUUUGGAAAUUCUGAGUUCUGGGAUUUCUGAGCUAAUCAAUUUCUUUUUUGAAAAAGUUUGGUUUUCUUCUUUGGUGCUUGUGUGGUUUUUCAGCUUGGAGAAAUUUGGUUUUCUUUUUUCUUGAGAAAUGGAUGAUGAAUAUGCUAAGCUUAUCAGAAGGGUAAACCAACCCAGAGUGGUGAUUGACAAUAAUGCUUGUGAGGAUGCCACAGUUAUCCAGGUUGACAGUGUCAACAAACAUGGGAUUCUCCUGGAAGUAGUUCAAGUGCUUACUGAUAUGAAUCUUACAAUAAGAAAAGCAUACAUAGCAUCUGAUGGAGGAUGGUUUAUGGAUGUUUUCAAUGUUGUUGACAAUGAUGGCAACAAAAUCAGAGAUAAAGAAAUUAUUGACUAUAUUCAAAGGAGAAUCGAAACUAGUGCGGGCUUUGUACCAUCACAGAGAGGCUCCGUAGGUGUAAUGCCAUCAGAAGAGCAUACAUCAAUUGAACUUGCAGGGACUGAUAGGCCUGGUUUAUUAUCUGAAGUAUGUGCAGUCCUGGCGGACCUGCGUUGCAACGUUGUAAAUGCCGAGAUUUGGACCCAUAACACCCGUGCUGCAGCUGUAGUUCAUGUGACAGAUGAUUCGACAGGCUGCGCAAUCACCGACCCAAAACGUCUCUUGAUGAUAAAGGACUUGCUUUGUAAUGUUCUCAAAGGAAAUGAUGACUUGAAAACAGCAAAAACAAUGCUCUCAGCUCCCGGUGUCAUGCAUAGGGAGCGAAGGUUGCAUCAAAUCAUGUUUGCAGAUAGGGACUACGAAAGGGUGGAAAAAACUGGAGUCAGGGCUGUCGAAGAGAGGAGCUCGAAACCCCAAGUUAAUCUGUUGAAUAUUGAGAAAGAUUACACUGUUAUUACCAUGAGGGCAAAAGAUAGGCCAAAACUACUGUUUGAUAUUAUCUGCACUCUUACAGAUAUGCAAUAUGUUGUUUUUCAUGGAAUGGUCAACACAACGAGGAUGGACGCUAAUCAGGAAUUUUAUAUCCGACAUGUAGACGGGCUCCCGAUCAGUUCAGAAGCAGAGCGUGUCCGUGUUAUACAAUGUCUUGAAGCAGCCAUCGAGAGGAGAGCAUCUGAGGGGCUGGAGCUAGAAUUGUGCACAGAAGACAGGCUUGGACUACUGUCCGAUAUUACCCGGAUUUUCCGGGAAAACAGCUUGUGUAUCAAGAGAGCAUUAAUCUCGACGAAAGGUGGUAAGGCCAAGGACACCUUCUAUGUCACAGAUAUGACUGGAAAUCCGGUCGAUCCCAAGAUUAUUGAUUCAAUCUGUCGACAGAUAGGCCGGAGUGCGCUGCAGGUGAAACAUAAUAGAUCAAGUCUUGCACCAAAACCACCUCAUCAAGAGACAACAAUGAGUUAUUUGUUCGGGAACUUGUUCAAAGCACGUACUUUUCAGAAUUUCAAGCUAAUCAGAUCUUACUCAUGAUUUCUAUCCCUGUAUAGUCUUCCUCUAUUGGAUGAAGAUAUGAAGUCAAAAGAUAUAGAUGGGGAGCAAGACAAGUCUCCCUUGCAUAGUUACCAAUAUACUGAUACAGUGAAAGUUACUGGUGGUGGUUGUGUAUCUUUCAUUAUAUCACUUGUAAGUAACAUCUGUACAAAAUGAAUGUUUGCAUGGAUUGCUCAUAAGAUGCAAGUUUGUAUAGAAAGUAGACUAGGUGAAUAAGAAAAACAAAAUAAGUUUCUUCUGGAUCUUAUUGUGUACAUUAAUUAAGCGUUGUUUUUAUUUUUGUACCCUUGAAAUGAUUUCAGGGAAAAAACACAUAAUAAAAUUUGAUUUUACAAA